CGAGCUAAUUUGAGGGUUGGCAUUAUUGUCACAAAGUGUUGGUCGCGUAGCAAAUGUGAACCUGAUUUUUUCGCUUUCAUAAAUUGCUGUGUUUUCACAAAGUUCAGUACGAUAAAAUACUAGAAAAUUACACAUUUGUUUAAUUAAGUGAUAUUUAUUGAAAUUUUAAUAAGUACAACCACACUUCGCCAGUGAAUAAUUCUUCAACGUGGAAUCGAUUAACAAAUCUAAAAAUUAUAAUGAGUGCUCAGCCUAGUCCCGCCUGCAUGACUCCUUCAACCGAACAGGAAAGAGUAUUUCAAUGGAUCAACGAAUUGGCCCAUCCGGAGAGUCGUGAAACAGCUUUACUCGAAUUGAGUAAGAAACGUGAAACAGUGACAGAUCUCGCGCCAAUGCUAUGGCAUAGCUUUGGCACUACCGCCGCCCUAUUACAGGAGAUAAUUAAUAUUUAUCCAUCGAUUAAUCCUGCCACACUCACUGCGCAUCAAUCGAAUCGCGUCUGCAGUGCGUUAUCCCUACUACAAUGUGUCGCAUCACAUCCGGAGACGCGUACCGUGUUCCUGCAGGCGCAAAUACCAUUGUUCCUGUAUCCAUUUUUGCAAACAACAUCCAAAACACGGCCAUUCGAAUACCUUAGACUAACAAGUUUAGGUGUAAUUGGUGCACUAGUUAAGGCUGAUGAGCAAGAAGUGAUAACUUUCCUUUUAGCAACUGAAAUCAUUCCACUGUGUCUGCGAAUAAUGGAAACCGGUUCUGAAUUGAGUAAAACUGUAGCUACGUUUAUCCUGCAAAAGAUUUUAUUGGACGAAAGUGGUCUCUCCUAUAUUUGUCAAACAUAUGAGCGUUUCUCGCAUGUAGCUAUUAUUUUGGGCAAAAUGGUAAUACAACUUGCCAAGGAGCCCUCAGCACGUCUGCUGAAGCAUGUCGUACGAUGCUAUUUACGUCUUUCUGACAAUCCCAGAGCACGUGAGGCUUUGCGACAAUGUCUUCCAGAUCAAUUACGUGAUGCGACAUUCUCAGUAUGUCUCCAGGAUGACAAAUCCACAAAACACUGGCUACAUUUAUUAAUUAAGAAUUUGGAGUUGGGUGUUGUUGCACCCACAGAUCCGCGUCAAAUCGGCAUGUCACCAUUGACGUCGUAAACAGCAGCAGCAACAACAAACAAACGCGCCGUCUAAAGUACAUGUAACUACAUAUGAAGUGCAGCUAAAAGUGCUGUUGUUGUAUGAUAAGAAUUGUACGCGCAGCGCAGUCCAAACAACCCAGCCAAGUAUACAACAGAGACUACAGCCCCAACUAACUAGUUUAAAAUAGUGAAUACGCAAGUUACAAAAUACAAAUAACUUUUUACUUAAAAAUUGUAAUAACCAAUUAUAAAGGCAAAACAAAUCAAAUCAAAUCACACACAAUACCACAAGGGAAUACGUAAAUACUUAAAAAUACACAUACACACACAUAUAAACUAUAUCUACAAGAGAAGAGCAAAAAGCAAACAAACACACAAAAACACUUCAAAGUCGUGAUAGAAAUUGCAACAAUACGAAUGCAUUAUUAAAUAAAUAAAUAAUAAUUAUGAUAAUAAGGAUAAAAUAUAUAUAAAAAGGAGACUGUUUAUAUGAUAAAAACAUAAAACAAAACAAAAAAAAAUACGGGUUCAAAACGAAAGCCCAAAAAAGAGCAAAACUAAUUAAAUUACUGAUGAAAAUUAUAAGGAAAUUUAUCUAGAAAAUGAGUGAAUAUUAACUAAAUUAUGUAAUAAUUAAGAAAUGGCGGUACCUAAAAGAAAAUUUAAAUUGAAAUAAUAAGUAACUAAUUUAUAUGCAUUACUCAUAUAUAUAACUUGGAAUAUUGCUGUAACAAAAACGCUGAUUUCAUUGCUUUCUGCCACAUGUAAACGAAGGCGAAUGCACUCUCUCGUGAGAUUAGAUAAGAAAGUCAAGUGAAGUGAUUUUCUAUUUAAAAUAAUAAUUAUAAUCAACAUUAAAUUGGCUGUUAAGCAGGUCUACUCAGAUGUGUAUACUGCAUGCAGUUACAUACUUACAUAUAAUUGCAAUAGUAUUGAACGAAUAUUAAUUAUAGAUACGAAAAUAUUUUUUUCUGUCAAAGUUAGCAUAAACAUGCGCGGUGGCGUUUCGUAAAGGGCAGAAGCAGCGGAAAAUGUGUUUUAAGUUAAGUGUGCAACAAUAAUUUCAUAUUUUUAUAUUGAUUAAAACGAGUUCAAGUGUUACUGCGGUCUAACAUUAACGAGUUAUGCGCUUUUAAAUGAACUCUGUAUAUAUGUAUAAUGUAAGCAAUAACUGUGAAAUGCAACAUUAAUAAAUCUGCCGGCUCACGCUUAAAGUGUAUCAUAAAUUCAAUGAAUUAAAAACUCUUUUUGUAAUAUGUUGACAUAUUUUGAUUAAGAAACAGAAAUAUUAAACCAUUUCAAUUUGAAACACUAUUUAAUAUCCAUUUUCGACAAAAUGCCUUAAAGUUUGUAUGCAAAUGAAAGAAGUGCGUUUAAAAUGUGCCAGCCGUGAAGUGGAAAAGUAAUAUUUUAAACGACAUUUCAAAUUUGCCCUAGCGUAUAUCGCUCAACCUUUCUUUUACAAAGGCCUAAACUCGAACAGCAACAACAUUAUAUAAUGGGAAAGCUACACUUUUAAUUUCUAAUUUUAAGCCAAUCUAUGGAACGCUAUGUCCUGAUAACUAGUGCAUAUAACAAACAGAAUUGUAUUAAGUUCCGCAUACAUCCAUACACAUAUACAUACACAUAUAUACUGCAUUGUACUCUACCAUUUGUAUAUGAUUUCUCAAUAUGCUCUCGAGACUUAAAUAAGCCCGCUUUACAGGGACUUUUUGAUUGUGAAUUGUUGAUAUCAUUUGUAAAAAAUAUAUAGAAUUAAGCAAUUUGAUAUUUUUUAAAUAUGUAAAGCGUAUGCUAGCCGCCACAAUUUGUACAUUACAAGCAUUAAUCUAUUUAAAUUGUAUAAGAAGUUUUAGUUUAAAAUGUUUGCCAAAAAAUAAAAUUUAGUUAUAAUUGCAAUGGAAAUUUUCAAAAACACAUUUUUUUGCUUUCCGUAUGUGGAUGCGUUUAAGUACAGAUAAUCCGAAACUUGUUUGCGGUUUUACUAACGCAUACCGUGAAAAAUAUACUUAUAAAAGUUCGUAAAGCUAUUUAAUUUUAUGUGAAAAUGUUAAAUAUUGUUUUAUGAAGUUUCUUUUAAUGUAUUAAACUAAUGGCACUACAAGCAAAAGCAAUACAACAUUGUUUACACCACUCCUGUCAAUGAUGAGCACAAGGAUUGUUUAAGGAAUUGUUGUAAACACGCCAUUUAGGGCUUGGGAAAAUAUUAACAGUUUUUUUUUAUAAAGAAAAAUAAGUAGUUUUGAAAUACUUUUAAAACGACAUGGCCAUUCAUUUUCAUGCAAACAAAUGUAUUUAGCAGUUAUACUGCUUGUGUUGCAAGUAAAUUAUAAUAUUUUUGAACUUAGUACCUACAAAUGUACAUACAAAUAUACAUAUAAACACCAAAACCAGUGAUUUAAUAAUUACAAUGCAGCAAUAUUUUUCAAUUACUUGUUUAUGAACGAAUGGCGUAUGUUCAAUUGAAUUUCCAAAGGCGUUCGCAUUGAAAUAUUAUAAACACACAACCAACGAAAAAUUCGCUAAAUUAACUACCAUUUCUAUUAAAAACCGCACGUAAAGUCAAUUGAAAGAUAUUAUUUGUGUACGCCUGCGUGGUGUCUGUUGCAAUAAUUAAUAAAAGUACAGUUGUAAAUAAUACUGGGUAAUGAUUUAAAGUAAAGUAAAUAAAAUAUUUGAGUUUAGUAAAAUUGAUAUGAAAAUGCAUAGCAAAUAUAAGAGUUGAAAAAUUUAUAAUAAAUCAUAUUUAUAUUUAUGUAUGUUUGUAACUAAAAAGUAGUAAGAACUUCGCAUGUCUUUUCUAAAGUAAAAUCGUAAUUAAAAUAAUGUAAAUCUAUAAAUUAAAUGACGUGUAACACCUAACUGUAACUGAUGCAUAUUGUGAUUUCUUUUUAAUUUUUGUACAGUAUGUGUUGUUGUUUGAUGCUGUCUGGCUCAAAUGCCUUAACACAAACACGUGCGAUAUGCAUUUUUUCACUUCCAAGAGCGCGGCAGUGUGCGUAAGGCAAAACGUAUAAGGCUAAAUGUAAAUUUUAGAAAAUUAUUGAAAACAUACAUACAUGUGGAAUAUAAGCAUUUUUGAGCGUUAAUUACAAAUUUUAUACACACAUUUUUAAACUACAUAUUUGAUGAACAAGCGUAUGUCACUGCAACUGCAAACCUCUUCAACUGCCGCAAUAUCAUCAUUGUACAUAGUUGUAUGUAUACACUGUAAAGUUCUAGCUAACGAAUUUCAUAAAUUCGAAAACUGAAUAUGCACACCCCACCAUAACUUCGCAACACAUUAAUUUCGUAUGUGAUUUAUUUUUAAGUAUUGGCCGUUAUGCAAAUUAAAAUCUCUUUAUGAAAUAAAGUUUUGUAUCCUUAUUAUUCAUUAUUAUUUCAACAUUUAAGUAACACAAUACAAUAAGUAAGAGAAUACUUUGUUUGGAGGCAGCCGCACUUUUGCGCGCAACACAUUCAACACUUUUAGCUGCAAAACAUUGUAAUAUAAUUGAAUAAUUUUAAAUUUUAAAUUAACUUUUCAUAGUUCUUUUAAGUAAUUUGAAAUAUUGUAGAAAUUUCGUUUAGUCGAAAGAAAACACAUUUAUAAUCUCCUUUAAGCUGAACUGGUCUACUUACAUUUUAACAUUAAGCAUGCGAACUAAACCAUAUAGAGUUCGUGUGUAUGUAUGUUUGAAUAUAACUUGGGUUAAAUUAUAACCUGUUGUAGCAUAGGUGUAUUCACAACUUCAAUUGUAAACUUAUA